AUGGAGGUUCCAGUAAAAAAGAUAAGACACUAUAGUAGCCAACACCAAAUCCUUCUUGUUGGAGAAGGAGACUUCUCUUUCUCACUAUCUCUAGCUUCGGCUUUUGGCUCGGCCACAAACAUCACAGCGACUUCUCUGGAUUCCGAAGAUGAGUUGUGCAAAAAAUUUAUGGAUGCGAUGGAUAAUGUAAGCAAACUUAAGAGAUUCGGGUGUGACGUUCAGCACGAGGUUGAUGUGCACACGAUGAGCUUUGAUAAUAGUCUGAGCCUGCGACGCUAUGACCGCAUUAUCUUCAAUUUCCCUCACGCAGGGUCUCGUUUCUUCGGCCGUGAAUUUUCCUCUUACGCCAUCGAGAGUCACCGAGUGUUAGUGCAGGGGUUUCUUGAGAACGCUAAGGAGAUGUUGAAAGAGAACGGUGAGAUUCAUAUCACACACAAGACAACGUAUCCGUUUAGUGAUUGGAAGAUAAAGAAACUGGCUAAAGCAGAAGGUUUGAAGCUGGUUAAGGAGACUAAGUUUGAGCUGAGUCAUUAUCCGGGUUAUACCAACAAGAGAGGGAGUGGUGGACGUAGGAGUGAUGAUUACUUCCCUGUUGGAGAAUGUUCUACUCUCAUGUUUAUCAAAUCCCAUCUUGUGUGA